AUGAUUCCGUAUCGACUAAUCUGGAUUUUGCUGCCAUUAUUGAUGUUUGUCACACACGUCGCUUCGCGUGGAGUGAAAUGUGAUAGCAGUCAAGACAGCGUGCCUGUUGCACAAAUCAAUGUGCAAGUUUCUCUUGGAGGGAAUAGUACAUCAAAUGGUUUGAUGUCGAGAAAAAUGUUGGGAAUGAAAGGAGAGAAAGGAGACCGUGGGAAAGCAGGUCCGCCUGGAAGACCAGUACCUGAGAACAAAUGUAGCUUCAACUGCUGUUCGCGUCUGGAGGAAAUAGAAGAGAAACUAUCAAAUCUGACUGCAGUGGUCAAUCAGUUGAUGUCACAAAAGGCAGAAAAUGAAACACAAAGUACAACCAAGAAGAGCAACAGCGACAAAGAAAGCGGUUACACAAGUUGUAAAGUGGCUAAACAGUUAGGCCAAGUGCUGAGCGGCGUGUACACUUUGGACCUUGGAGAUGGAUUGGACUCGUUUCAAGUGUACUGUGAUAUGUCGACAGACGGUGGUGGCUGGACAGUGUUUCAGAGACGCCAGGACGGUUCUGUCGAUUUCUACCGCGGAUGGUCUGACUACAAAAACGGAUUUGGAGACUUGAACGGAGAAUUCUGGUUGGGAUUAGACAAAAUACACAGAUUGACAAAACAGGCGCAGACUCUUCGUGUAGAUCUAAUGGAUUUCAGUGGUCGUCGAACACAUGCUGACUAUAGAAGGUUUCAGAUAAGUGAUGAGUCGAGUAAAUACUCUCUGACCUUCACAUCAUUCAGUGGAAACGCCAGCGAUGCAUUAUCAUAUCACAAUGGGAUGGCCUUUACGACUAAAGACAACGACAAUGAUAAGUGGGGUGCCAAAUGCGCCAAAAACUGUAAUGGAGCUUGGUGGUACAACAAAUGUUAUUAUUCUAACUUGAAUGGUCUCUACUUGAAAACUGCAAAUUCUCAAAACAAAAAGGGAAUCGUUUGGACUACUUCGAAGCACUAUUAUCCUCUUAAAUUUGUAGAAAUGAAAUUGGCUGUUAGUUCGUAA